AUGUCGAAAACAUAUAUGCUCGGAAACUGGCUUGGGGCCGACCUCAAAACAAUCUACAAGUAUAUCAAGCAGAUGCGCAGAGCAGACCAACUAACUCGUCCCUCGCUGUUGGCCUUGCAAGAUCUGAUCGAAACUGACCCAGAAGUCAACAUGCUUUUUUCAACCAUGUUUACUUACGAGUUCCCCGACCCAGACAUCCCAGAGAGCCCCAUCUCAGACUACAUGGAUAUGUUACUGAAGAUGCAGAAUGUCAUGAGUGGAGCCCCUGUAUAUAACAGCGUGCUUGGCAGUGCCCCUCUUAACAGCCUCCUCGUCUACGUGAUGGCCACCCCUCCUGGAACCAUGGCUUUCAUCAAUGAUAAAGUCAACAAGUGCUUCAGAUUUAUUCUAAGGGAUUGGGCGCAGUACCUGAGCAACGAAGAUUCGAAACUAGUUUUGAAUUCUACGGAUGGAUGGUUGUGCCCCGAGUCAUUGGCAACAAUGCCUGGUUUUCUCGACACGUACCAAGUCGAUAUGAGUGAUCCUGUGUACUAUGGUUUCAAGUCAUGGAAUGAUUUCUUUGCCAGAAAACUGAGAACCGACGUGGACGUACGCCCAAUCGCUGAUCCCAAUAAUCCAUUUGUGAUUUGUUCCCCCUGCGAAGCCUGUCCGUAUUUUAUCGAGAGACAGCCGAAGCACCGCGAUGAAUUUUGGAUCAAGGCCCAACCGUACAGCUUGCAACAUCUGCUGGAUGACGACGCUUUGACUGAAAAGUACGUGGGUGGUACCGUGUACCAGGCCUUUCUCAGCUCUGCCAACUACCAUCGCUGGCAUGCACCGGUUGAUGGUACAAUAACCAAGGCAUACAUCAAGGAAGGCGCCUACUACGCAGAAGCUCUCUCAAUGGGUUAUGAUCCAACAGCUAAUACCUAUUCCCAACGCUACCUCAGUCACGUUAAUACCCGAGCCAUGAUCCACAUCGACACAGGCCACUCGGCAAUUGGUACGGUGAUCUUCAUCGCUGUGGGAAUGGCUGAGAUCUCGAGCUGUCCUAUUGAUGUCUACUAUGGGCAGAAGGUGAAGAAAGGCGACCCCCUGGGUACCUUCAUGUUCGGUGGGUCAACAUACUGCAUGUUAUUCCAAAGCGACGUGAAUUUGAGCUUUGUUGCCGAGAGUAUUCCGGAAGAAGAUUGGCCAAAUAGUUUGCAACUGGUGAAAAGUCAUCUCGGCACAGUCAGCUUGAGAAGAUGACUUGUUUUAAACGUUGCUGUAACCACAAUCAUGCAUCAUAGACAUAGUAAAGCUAUUGCUUGUAGUAAGACUGAACUUAGAUAUUGACUGGAAGUUGGUUAGUUUGAAUGAACUGCUUAACUGGUUCUUACACAUUUGUGUUUUUUCAUAGAUUUUGCAUGGUUGGGUAUAGAGUUUUUGUGUUUAUAUAUUUAUGAAUUAUGAUACAUAAAAUACUUAGAUGCA